AUGACUGAGAUCAAGCCCACUCCCAAGCACACCUUCGCUGAGCGUGCUGCCGCCAACAAUUUCAACGAUGCACAAAUCCUCAACUCCAACAACCCUGCAGGUGCAGACAUCCCUGAAAAAUCCGAUGUUGUUGUCGCUGGUGGUGGUAUCCACGGUCUCAUCUACGCUAUUCACGCUGCCAAGUACAAGCCCGGCAAGCUCAACAUCUCCCUGAUUGAGAAGGGCACCAAGCCAGGCUACAAGAUCGGUGAGAGCACUCUUCCUCUCUUCUCGCUGUGGUGCAAGAUGCACGGCUUGACUGCCGAGUACAUGCUGCGUCUCUUCGGCCUCAAGGAUGGACUCUGCUUCUAUUUCCUCGAUCGUGAAAACCAGGGCCACUACACCGACUUCUGCAGCAAUGGUACCCCCGGUCUCUUCCUCAGCGGUUUCCAGAUCGAGCGUCCCAUCAGUGAGCUGCUCUUCACUCUGCUGGCCCAGCGCAAUGGCGUCAACGUCUUCCACGGCCGCCAGGUCGACUUCAACGGCAGCACCAUCCAGGGCGGAUUCCAGAGCAACAAGAUUGCCAUCAACCCCGGAAAGUUCGACGGCAAGCCUGCCACAACCAUCGAUUCCUCCCUGCUCGUCGAUGCCACCGGUCGCUUCCGUCAGUUGGCUUCCAAGAAAGCCUCCCUCCACCGUUUCGAAGGCUGGAACUACGACGCCUUCUGGGGCUACUUCACUGCCCCCAAGGACGAAAGCAACAUUCCCCUCCGCUUUUACGAAGGUGACCACACCAACCAUCUGUGCUUCCCCGAGGGCUGGGCCUGGGUCAUCCGUCUCCCCUCCUGGGAGGGCAGCCCCAUCCCCAACUUGAUGGACAUGAUCUCGUACCUGCUCGACUGCGCCGAGGCUGGUGUCCCCGGCGACCAGAUUCCCAGUUCCGAGGAGCUCGCCAAGAUGUUUGACCUUAAGUUCCAGUGGGUUACCAGCAUUGGGUUCGCCGUCCGCAACGACGUCAAGUACCCAGAGGACAUGUCCGCGUACGGCACCCGCGAGGCCGAGCGCAAGUUCAACUACUUUGUUGAAAAGUACGACCUCAUCAAGAAGUUCAUGAGCAACUUCGAACUUGUUGAGGAUCUCUAUGGACCCGGAACGACAUGGUACAUCCGCAAGUCUCUCACCUACCAGUCCCCCGUCGUCUCCGGCCCUGGCUGGCUUGCUGUCGGCGACGCCUGUGGCUUCACCAACCCGCUGCACUCACCCGGUAUUACUGCCGCCAUGUCGACCUCGACCUAUGCAGCCGAGCUGACGCACAAGGCGCUCGAGGAGGCCGAGCGUGCCGCGGACGCAGAAGCAGCCGAGCUCUCCAUCCGCAAGACGCUCGCUCCCUACGACGACUUCGCCAAGCGCCUCAUCCCCGCCCUGAACCAGAUGAACAAGUUCAACUACGUCUGCUUCCGUGAACCCCGGCUGGGACCUCAGGUCUCCUGCCUGUGGCAGUUUUUUGCUGGCAUCGGUAUCCCAGGCUGGCAACUCAUUCGCCAGGACUAUAACCUCAAUUUCGACACCUACGUGCCCCACUCGAUCAACUGGGCCUGGGGGUCGAUGCUGCCCGAGUACGAUGCAGUCGCCCGCAAGGCGAUCGAGCUCAUCGCCCCAAUCCCGCUGGAGGGGUGCGUCCCCGACGCGACCGUCCGCGAAGUGAUCGAGUUCUCGAACUCGGUUAAGCGCGUCGCGGUCGACUCGAACCGGUUCAAUUUCCGCUGGGACGGGCUCCUGCGCUACUAUGAUCUCUUCCUCAACUACGAUGAGAAGAAGAAAUGGAAGGACGUGUUCUCGCGGCAGUGCAAGGAGUGCGGAGCCUGGCUUGUCUGUCGCCCUGACUGGCGCAAAUGCUACUCCUGCGGCAAGGAGAGGACCGAGGAGGAGGCGACCAUCACCUGGAACCCGCCUCUGGCCGUCGACGAGGUCAAAGCGCUGGUGCGGGCAUCAGAUGCCAAACCUGCUUCCCGGGCGGCCAAGGAAGUGACUGUCGAGGAGCAGCUCAAGGACAGGACGGUGGUCGUUUCGCAUGCGGUGGAGAUUUCUGUAUAG